CCUCUUUCCCCUCUUUCUAAACCAACACUACACAGUCCCCCUCUGCUUCUCAAUUAUAUAUUCGUACGUCACUGUACAAACAGUAAACCUCGUGUUAAUCCAUUUCAAACCCCCAAAUUUCUAUCUCCACCGCAUCACUCCCGCAAAUCAUUGUUGCAAAUCGCUUUCGAUCCGCCCUCCACCGAACAACCAUAUACUGCCAUGAGCGCAAAGUCCUCAACAGGCCCCGAUGCAUGGGCGGAAAAUUGGGAAGAACAGGCUGAUAAACUCGUGGCCGACACCCCACCCCCGCCGGCGGAGAAGAAAGUCUCCUCCAAGGUGACCAAAGCGCAGCGCAGAGCCCAACAGGCUGAGUUCAACCGCCAAUUAUGGGCGGAAGCUGAAUCACCCCAGACUUUCCAUUUUCUUGAAGCGCGCUCCGAUGUGCCCCUUCGGCAAGAAUUCAAACCCGCAGUCACAGUACUCAGUCGGAACCCACAGAUCGCGACGCGUGGUUCAGGGUUGAACGGAACCACGGCGGGAAUGUCCCGUCUGGGCCUAAAUGAUGACGACUCGGAGGAUGACGGCAGGGCUGCUCUGCCCUCUGCCGAGGAACGCCAAGCGAUAGCGCUGCGCAACUUGGAGGACAGGCAGCGCAAAUACGAAGAGGUGCGAGAGCGCUUGUUCGGCAGUCCCUCCGCCCCCACGUCGGGGGCGUCGUCCCCGCGCAGUGCUACGCCUCCGAAACCGUACGAGGGACGCGGUAAAGGUAGAGGUCGCGGUAAUGGACGGGACAACAGCUCCAACAGCAGCAAACGCGACUCCUCCACGGCGUCCGGGAAAUCCGGGCAGUUGUAUGACCCGGACUCUCCUCGAACGAAUACCGGCUACACUUCUCGGAGAGAGAAGCAACCCGCAGGCCGGACCAACACCGAUGGCACCCAGUCACCCCGUCAGCCAAUCCGCAGCCCCCGGGGACCCGAUAGCAGUGGUCGAGGUGGUUUCCGAGGUGGCUUCCGAGGCGGUCGAGGUGGUUAAAGUACGUGCACUAUCUACGAUACAACAAUAAUUCCCUCCGCCCGAACAGGGCAAUACAUAUCCAAAUUGCCAGCGCCGCGACGCCCCAGGCACAAAGAUAUUUAUUCGCUCGAUUAGACUUCGAAGAGAUCCACCGCACGCUACGGUAGCCCUCGCCCAGAAUUUAUCGCGUUGGCCAACUGCGAUGUGUUGGGCCGGUUUUCUAGAGGUGUCAGCGCCUCAUCAGCCUGAACGGGAUACGAAUACUUACCCGCGUACCGCUCAUAGCUAUCCAGAUAAAGCCCAUCAUCGCUUGUGGUCCCCGCAACGUGGGGGUCGUUCUCGAUCGCGUCUACCCACGCACCCCAUCUGCUACCAGCUUCCGGGUCUG